AUGAACGGUCAAUCGGAUUACAAAGGACGGAGGACAGCGGGGAUGCGUGGAAUGAGUAUGGAUAAUAUCCUUGGAGAUCCAUUCGCGUUGGCUACCAUAUCUAUCGCUAUGCUUGCAUGGUUUAUUGCUUUCAUUGGAUCGAUACUAGCGACUGCAACACACGCAUCUGGUGACGGAUUCCCAAAUUAUUCAUGGUUUACUAUCGCAUAUAUGCUAUGCUGCAUUCUAGGUAUAUUCAUCGUGAUAGCAUCGGAUACGACUCAAACCUACCAUGUGGCUAUCGUUGGAUUCCUGGCUACUGGACUUGUACUAACAAGUUCAUCUGUCAAUUCGUUGAUUUAUUCUUCAAAUGGAGCGAAAGAAGCAACCGCUGCUGGACAUAUCCUACUUUCUAUGGUCAAUAUUGUCUGGAUUUUUUACUUUGGAUCAACACCUUCGGCUGUACCUCGAGCAUACCUUGAUUCUUUCGCCCUUCACAAAGACCACAGAGCAUCAUCAUCAGGAAGAGGAAUGUCUACUGCUUAUGGAAAUGGAUAUGGAAAUAAUCGACCGGAUACUUCAAUCUCUUCAAACGUUCCACCACAAAUGUAUACAUCAGCGCAAUUAGGUGGGUUUGAAACAUCAUCACCAGUAGCAGGAUUCCCAGGAGGUGCUGCGGGAGCAGAACGUAAUUCAUCACAACCAAGAUUCGGAGCGAGCAACCUUGGACCACCACCGAAUGGAGGAAUGAGCUCAGAACCCACGGUAGGAGAAGUGGUACAACCUACAGAAUAUCCAUACCGUGCGAAGGCCAUCUACUCUUAUGAUGCCAAUCCCGAUGAUGCAAAUGAGAUAAGUUUCGCCAAACACGAAAUAUUAGAAGUCUCAGACGUAAGUGGGAGAUGGUGGCAAGCCAAGAAAGAAAAUGGAGAUACCGGAAUAGCGCCUUCGAAUUAUCUGAUUUUAUUAUAA